AUGGUCCUCCGAAAGUGCACUAUAUGUGACCGCAAGUUCAAAAAGACCGAGCAUUUCAAGCGGCACGAGCGGUCACAUACCAAGGAGCGUCCGUACGAGUGCACUGUGUGCCAUAAGCGCUUCUCCCGCAGCGAUGUUCUAAGCCGACAUGCCAAGGGCCAUAAUCAACCCAAUGGCAGCGCAAGUACCGUGGCCCGAAAAGAUUCUGCAGUAGAACAAUCUCCAGAUCGGCGAGCCUCGUUGAUCGCAGGUGCCUCGCCAAUGUUGCCCGGUCCAGAACAUGGGACUCCACUUCUACCAGCUGUCGGCCUAGAGGUGCACCAAAUACACAACCUCUCCACUCCUCGCGACAUGAAUCUCUCGGCGACUGGAAUACCAUCGUCAUCUUUAGACUUUUUGGCAGAUAUAUCAGCGCAUCAUGGUCGCGCAGAGCCCGAUAUCAAUUCCAUGAUUCUUGAUGAGCAGCAGCCCUACUUUGGAUGGAAUGAAGUGACUCCAGGCGGUCAAAAUACGCAGCAGAACAGCAUGGCCUUCGACGCCGUGCCAAACGAUAUGCUGCAGCUUUGGCUUGAGCCGCGGACGGACACGGGGUCCAAUCAUGGCUCUUUGGAUCUGAUGCGUGAUGGGCAUUUUCCUAUCAUAAGCGAAAAUGCAGUGCUCACGCCGGACCCACAGAACCGCAAUUCUGUCGACAGUGGCAAAUCGGGCUGUGAUAAUAUCCCCAUUGAACGUUUCACUAAGGUACAACGAUGUUGGCUUGCGCCGCCGAACCACACUGGACGACUGAUGAACAGCCUGUGGCGAGACAUUGUCUACACAGAUGCGGAUAAUCUCUUCUCAGUGAACACUGUAUACGUGGCGGAAGAAUCUAGCCUGCUUCAAGGAUCUCGCUGUGGCGUGGACGAUGAUUGCAGGAGACGCCUUCAGGCAGCGUUUGGCCAGACCUUCGCCUAUCCUCAAAUGCAGUCUCCACGGAACGGGGUUACGUCCCCUUCUACAACUGGCUCGGUGUCUAUGUCGUUUGCCAAUUUUCCUCCUGCGGAGAUCCUAGACAUGGCAUUAGACCUUUAUUUCCGCACGUUUCAUCCACUUGUACCGUUUGUCCACCUUCCUACUUUUUCCGCGAAGAAAACGCGUCUUCCUCUCCUCUUCGUCAUGUGUCUCAUUGGCAUGAUGCUGUUGGGGACCAAAGGCACGGCCAAUUUUGUGUCAAGAAACUUUACUCAUAUGCUAGAGAAAGUAACAGCCGAUCUCGCAAAGUGCACUAUGGGAGCCGAAUCUCCAGCCAGCGCAAUGUCCAUUUUUGCUACAGCUUUCUUGUUUCUGAACCUUGCUGUGCUAACUGGGGAGAAACAUCAUUUGGAACAAUGUCAGAUGCUCUAUGUCAAUCUCAUGUCGAUCACUCAACGCCAUGGACUCUUUGCUGCAAGUGAGGGCCAGAUACUCGACAUGAGUUUGUUUGAAAUGGUACCCGACAUUGAUAUGCGCUGGAAGGCAUGGUCAAAGGUCGAGAGUGCCAAGAAAAUCAUCAUCGGCUUGCUCUUUCUCGACUCCUGGUAUUCCGCCCUCCUGUCCACAAGCCCAAUCAUCGCCCCCGACUCGAUCCAAAUCAUCAUGCCUUGCAACGAAGCCCUUUUCCAAGCGCACUCAUCUAUACGCUGGACCCAACUCAUCCGUAGUGGCAAGCGGAUCUUGAUGCCUACGGCGCUGGCGCCGUCGGAAAAUAUCAACAUCCCCGCCCUUGAAGGGCCUAUGGACGAACUAUGUAUCCAAACAGUCUUGGCAAUGAUUCAGCUCCGCCAGUCCGAGGCCUACCACCGCCUCUUAUCCAACCGUGCAAGCUACCCGUUCGCUCCGUGUCAUACAUACGCUAUGGAUGGCCGCGCGAGAUGCCUUCCUUCUUUGCAGUCCCAAAUAGCGAGCACCUACGGUGAAGCAAUGGACCGAUUAAACCCCAACGCCCUCGUCAUGUGGCACCACAUGUGCAUGAUGCUCACAGCCGAUAUCCAAAUCUUCGAUUUCGCAGCUGGACGAGCCGGGCCGGCCCCGGCACGGAAAGCACUCGAUGAUAUUGCUGAAUGGUCACAGACGCCAGCGGCAAGGAGAGCAUGCUUACACGCUGCCCACAUCUACAAAGCCAUGACCAACCGCAAAGCCUCCGAUCAUCCUACUUUCCACUCCGUCUUCUCACUCUUCUCUGCGGCCCUCAUCCUGGGUCUGUACACAUUCAUGGCUCCGAGCUCUACUAGUGGGGUUUCCAGCGUGGGGUCCAUCGAGUUAAUGGAUGAUAUUGAUUGGCAACAAGUUGGUACGGAAGGAUUCACGAGCUUCAUGGAGCCACGGGGAAGUCAAUCUUUCUCACCGACCAACGAUCCAGCUGUGAAUUUCAUUCGCAAUGGUGCAACGAUAUACUUGCGUGGCGUGCCCGUCCAGGGCGGGUAUCAGUCUGCCCGGCGGAUCCUUCUUGAUUAUGCGAACCUGCUCAAGGACUCGGGUAAAUGGAGUGUCAAGAAAUUUUCAUACGUACUUCAUAUCAUGAGUGAUGUGCUGAUGGAUGUUGAGUGA